AUCGUUAACGCUGACAAACAACUUGUGGAUGGAUUCGCAGCAUGCAAAAAGUGCAAACGGGUGUUUGCCUAUGAUAGUCAAAGAACGGGCACUUCCAGCUUGAAAAAACACAUUGGGAGAUGCACGGUAAGACGGCUAUUGAUUGAUUACACAGUAGCCGACUGUAGUGUAGAACAAGGAGCCCAGUAGCGUUACCCUAUGAAUGACAAAUAUAGUUCGCUCGGGUCGAAGCUGUCGGGUUGCGAUUCAAUUCCAUGCGGUUCGGGUUGGGGUAGCAGUCUUUCCUAAUGGCGGUUUGCAGUCGGGUCCAGAUAGAUCCGUUUGUGGAGAAUUAUGGAAAAGUUGACUGUCGUAUUGCAGACACAUAGUGUUUGAGUGAGAAUUAAAAUAAUAUGUGGGCUAUUGUGAAACGGAAUGCUUGAUUCUAUAGUUACAUUUUGCAUUUGUAAACUGUGUCUGCUAUGUGGAGUGGUGAAGACGUUCGCAUUUAAUCAUCGCGCAUGCGCAAGUAAAUGUCAGUCUAGAUUCCAGACUGCUAGCUAGAAACAGUACGUUCAGGCGAGGUAGCGCAAAAUAUCCUUCCAUUAGCUAAUUAGACAGUGAGAAGCUGUGGUUGUGAGAUAUGGAAAGUAGAAGCAGAGACCGUAAAAAAAGUCACACCUGGAAAUAUUUCAAUGAAAUCUCGUCCGAAAGUGUGACAUGCAAGCUGUGUGCGGCUGUUCUGAAGCGGACGAGCGGAAGCACAACAUCCAUGUUAAACCAUUUAGAAAGGAUCCAUCAUCUGUCGUUAAGACAUAUAAAAACACAGCGAGAGCUGAUGGCUGCCGUUAGAGGUAAGACUCCUGUAAGUGUUUUAUUUAACUCUUAGGCGAUUACUAUAGCAAAUUCCUGUUGAUAGCUGGACAGGUCCCCCCUCGGCAAGUUUCUCGGCUUCCUCAGUUUGUACCGUAUAUACUCUUCACGAGGUUGCCAUUUCAAAGUGUGCCUCGCAUUUGUUUUAACCCCAAAUACAGUUAAUACGGUAAAUGGCCGAUAUUUAGUCAGAGCAGAGGAUUGCUAACAACUAUUUCCGAGAAGAACCAGGCGAGUCUGCUGUUCUAGUCAGUUGUAAGAUUAUCUGGUUUGGUUGUCCAUUGGUUCCUUUCAUUCACAAAAUGUCAACACCAAGUUCACCCAGUUUUGGUUCAACUGUCGCACAGCUCCGACAGAAUUAAAGCUUCACUGGAUAAAUGUAAACCCUGCGACCAAAAUAUCAGAUGUAAAGGAGGUGGCAUGAAAAGGCAUUUAGUCUCGUCAUCAGGAAAACUGGACCUCCGAAUGGGCUCUACUUAAACAAAUAAUUCGAGACCUCCACAGACAAAAGCAAUGGAGCGCCAGAGACAGGUAUUAAAACGAGUGGGAACAAAAUAUAAACGUUAUGAUGUUACAACAUUUGAGUAACAAUCAAUAAAGAACUGAGUUAGGCUACAUACAUUCAUGACGAAUCUAUCGAUUGAAUGCGCACAUUUAGCUAAACGGAUUCGAGGAUUUCCGCAUAUUAUACUAACCGGGAAAUGCUGUUUUGGUUCCCAGUUAUGUAAAAUUUCAAUUAAAUGCUGACUCUCAAAUAGCCGCCUGUCCCUUUUUAAUAGCCAGGGCAUCGGUACACAUUUCAGCAAAUAAACGCCUGUUUCAAAUAAACGCCCCAUUAAAUGAAUUGUUUACGAGGUUACCAUGUCAUGUGAUGUCAUGUACAUAAAAAAAAUAUCAUGUUGAUUGCCAUGGCGCCACCAAGAAGAAAAUACGACAUCAAAUUCAAGCUAGCAGUGAUCAAAUUCACAGAGCAAAAUUCGGGCGAGGCAACAGCCAGGCAUUUUGGAAUUGAUCCAAAACGAGUGAGAGAAUGGCGAAGUCAAAAAUUCGAACUUCAACGUUUGUCUGAGGUGGAUCAGAAGAGGGCGAGACUGCAAGGUGGGGGGAGGAAAAAGGUUAGCGAGUAGCUGGAGGCUAGUCUUUGCAAGUCUGGGGCGUAUUCAUUACGCCAAUACAGUUGCAAAACGUUUCUUAAACGGAAGCAAACGGGGAGGGACCUACCGGAUUUUGUCCAAUAGAAACUCUCGUUUUAGUUCCAACCAACGUUCCGUUUAGCAACUGUUGGACUAAUGAUUACACCCCUGAUCUGCGACGGACAACAGUGUGGUAGUCUUCAACAUUUUAUUGAGCAAAAUCUGUGUACAUUAAGGAAGUAGACACUUGGCUCCAAUAGAAGCCGGUCUCUAAUAAGCGCCGGUUGUGUUGCUUUAUCGUUUGACGUUCUGGGGUUUAUUCAUUAGUUGCAGACCUUUGCAAAACGUUUCGCAACGGAAACCCGUUUAGCGUUAACUCUAGGAACCAAAUGUAAGGAAACGUGGAGUGACCAACCUGAAAUGGUCCAAUAUAAACUCUAGUAUAAACGUUCCGUUUGAAGUAAACGGUGUCCGUUGAGAAACGCAACAGACCCUGAUGUGAAAUAAAACGUAUUUAUUAACAGUUUUAUCAAACGUGUAGUUUGCUAAUUUGGCUAGUCCAGCAUAGAUCUGAAGGAAAAGGCUUUGACUGUAGAGAGAGCAUAAAUAGGAAGCGAUGGGACGCGCUAAAAGUAGCACGAUAUAUGUACAUGUCGGCUAUGCAAAGCAGUAUUCAAAUACAACAACGGCAUCACUUUACAUUAACAUUUUAUUCAUUUAGCAGAUGCUCUUAUCCAGAGCAAUUUACAGGAGCAAUUAAGGUUAAGUGCCUUGCUCAAGGGCACAUAGACAGAUUUUUGACCUAUUCGGCUCAGGGAUUAGAACCAGCGACCUUUCGGUUACUGGCACAACGCUCUUAACCACUAAACUACCUGCCGCCCUAAUCCACUACAUGUUAUUUUGAAAAUGAAUACUGUUAUUGACAGUCUAUAAAACCACCCAACAAAUAGACUACUACAGGGGACAACAUGUCAAAUGUAAAGCUUCAAUAAAACAUUUAAAAACGAAAUAGCAGUUCCACCUCUUGUUUUCGUAUACAUCUGGUGGGGGAAAUGCAACACAGAAAUAUUAUCUUCUGCAUAAAUUUACAUGGUUAAUAGCAAUUGCAAAUCUUAUUGAAAUGUGACAUACCAUAAUGUUAUUUUUUUUAAUGGUUGUGUGGUAUGAAUUGUUUUUCUUCAGACAUUAAAGUUAAAAAGAGAAGCUGCAAUAAAAAGAGAAGCUGCAAUAGAGGCAGAGAAGACCAUGUCCAAGAGCACAUAUGAGGAAGAUGAGGAGGAGGAGGAGGGGCAGCGCCCAAAGACUGGGAUGUCAGUGGGUAUCAUGUAUAUUGGAAGAUAACAUUGGUAAUAGGCCCACUGUAUUAGAUUAUCUCAGAGCCCAGAACCAAAUCUUGUCUGUUAUGACAGACUAUAGGUUAUAUAUUUAGUUCAUAUAAAAGUUUGAUUUUACAGUUAAAAAUGGCCAAGCCUUUGCAAGACUGUUCUUCAGUGUUCUGAUGGUUUGUUAACAUUGUAUUUCUGUGUUCCUACCUUCCCCCAGGCAAGAUCCCAAUACUUCAGAGGUAGCCAUGACAGAAGGUUGUUUUCUGUUGUUUUUGUUGUAUCAGUUUCAAUCUAAGAUGUCCUCUAUAGUCACUUAUGUCAACUUUCAGAUGGUCUCAUAGGACGAACCCUGUGGUUAUGAUGUCACUCACAAUAUUCCUGUUUUUAUGCUGUAGACGGGGCUGCAGAGCAGUUUGAGUUUCAGUAUGGACUGGAGGGAGCAACAUUUAAGAAUGAGAAUGGGGAGGUGAGUUGGCACUUAACGCAAAGUAGUGAUUGAAUGAGCAGGGUUUUUUCGCUGUCCCCUACCUCUUUCACUCUUGUAGUUAGCUACAGUACUUUUGCUCUUUUCUUCUACUCUGACCCCUUCUUUUUUCUGUGCAGUGCUCAAAGAGCCAUCUGUCCAUCAUCAAAGUGGAACAACUGGACCCCCUUCUCCCUGACCAAAACAGUACGUUUGUGUGCAUGUCUACUAUAACAGAAGGAGAAUAAAGGACCAUCAUAUUAGGAGGUGUGUUGGCUCCUUGGUUUGGACUGGGAUAGGUCAACCUGUCUACAUAUCCAAUGUGCACUUAUCAGGAGUCAACUCAAUUCUUUCCCCAGACUCCAGCUGUGGUUCUGGGUCACCUAGGGAUUCUGGGCCUCCUGGCUCAUCUGGUUUUGGGUCCAGUAUGAGUCCAGCUGCACAGUUCUUCAGGAAAUGCCACCAGGCAGGCUGCACACAGUUCAUCUUCUCUGAGUUCGCCUCCCGCCUCAACACCGUCACUGAGAGGAUUUCAUCCCAGCAGGCCAGCGAAGAAGGUGAGACAGAAUAAUACAAUAGACUACUAUUAAAUACAGUGCAUUCGGGAAAGUAUUCAGACCCCUUGACUUUUUCCACAUUUUGUUACAUUAGUCUUAUUCUAUAAUGGAUUAAUUAACAAAAUCUAUCUACACAAUACCCCAUAAUGACAACGUGAAAAGUUUUUUUUUUGAAUGUUUUGAAAAGUUAUUAAAAAUAAAUAACAGAAAUACCUUAUUUACAUAAGUAUUCAGACCCUUUUCUAUGAGCCUCAAAAUUGAGCUCAGGUGCAUCGUGUUUCCAUUGAUCUGUUUCCAUUGAUCAUCCUUGAGAUGUUUCUACAACUUGAUUGGAGUCCACCUGUGGUAAAUUCAGUUGAUUGGACAUGAUUUGGAAAGGCACACACCUGUCUAUAUAAGGUCCCACAGUUGACAGUGCAUGUCAGAGCAAAAACCAAGCCAUGAGGUCAAAGGAAUUGUCCAUAGAGCUCAGAUCUGGGGAAGGGUGCCCUUUCUGCAGCUUUGAAGGUCCCCAAGAACACAGUGGUCUCCAUCAUUCUUAAAUGGAAGAAGUUUGGAACCACCAAGACUCUUCCUAGAGCUGGCCGCCCGGUCAAACUGAGCAACGGGAGAAGGGCCUUGGUCAGGGAGGUGACCAAGAACCCGAUGGUCACUCUGACAGAGCUCCAGAGUUCCUCUGUGGAAAUGGGAAAACCUUCCAGAAGGACAACCAUCUCUGCAGCACUCCACCAAUCAGGCCUUUAUAGUAGAGUGUCCAGACGGAAGCCACUCCUCAGUAAAAGGCACAUGACAGCCCGCUUGGAGUUUGUCAAAAGGCAACUAAAGGACUCUCAAACCAUGAGAAACAAGAUUCUCUGGUCUGAUUAAACCAAGAUUGAACUCUUUGGCCAGAAUGCCAAGUGUCACAUCUGGAGGAAACAUGGCACAAUCCCUAUGGUGAAGCAUGGUGGUGGCAGCAUCAUGCUGUGGGGAUGUUUUUCAGUGGCAGGGACUGGGAGACUAGUCAGGAUCGAGGUAAAGAUGAACAGAGAAAAGUACAGAGAGAUCCUUGAUGAAAACCUGCUCCAGAGCGCUCAGGACCUCAGACUGGAGAGAAGGUUCACCUUCCAACAGUACUGAGUAGGCCUCCCGAGUGGCACAGUGGUCUAAGGCACUGCAUCGCAGUGCUAGCUGUUCCACUAGAGAUCCUGGUUCGUAUCCAGGCUCUGUCGUUGCCUGCCGCGACCGGGAGACCCAUGGGGCGGCGCACAAUUGGCCCAGCGUCGUCCAGGGUAGGGGAGGGAAUGGCCGGCAGGGAUGUAGCUCAGUUGGUAGAACAUGGCAUUUGCAACGCCAGGCUUGUGGGUUCGAUUCCCACGGGGGGCCAGUAUGAAAAAUAAUGUAUGCACUCACUAACUGUAAGUCGCUCUGGAUAAGAGCGUCUGCUAAAUGACUAAAAUGUAAAUGUAAAGGGUCUGAAUACUUAUGUAAAUGUAAUAUUUCAGUUUUCUAUUUGUAAUACAUUUUCAAAAAUUUCUAAAAACCUGUUUUUGUUUUGUCAUUAUGGGGUAUUGUGUGUAGAUUGAUGGGGGGGGGAAAAAACAAUUUAAUCAAUUUUAGAAUAAGACACUAACAUAACAAAAAUAUGGAAAAAGUAAAGGGGUCUGAAUACUUUCCGAAUGGGACUGUAGUGUUGGCUAACUAAACCGGAGCAUGCAAUUUAUAAAGAGCAAUUGCAAACAAUGUUAUUGAAUUGGGACUGGAAAACUGUUUGCUGUACUGUUGUCCAUUGUGAAACUGCACCUUGUUGGAUGUGUGCUUGUAAUGCAAUAUUUUCAUGAUAAGGCCAGUAUAGAGAUUAACAAAAAAUAAUAUCCUGUGUCCACAGAUUUCAACCUCACCCUGAACGUGCUGGAGGCCUCUAGGAUGCUGCCAGAGAUCUUUGCUAAGAGAGACCAAGGUAAAGUAUUUAAACAUCCACAUAAAGUACAAAAUACACUCUCUUUGUGGCGCGUGGAAUAAAGUCCCCAUAAGUUAGUUCCUCAUAGGAAUUCUGGUUCGGAAGCACGAGUAACCUUGCCUGACACCAGAAGACCUACGUUAGCUCCCCGAGCUAAGGCUUAAGCUCGGUGGGCUAACACAGUUAUGUGGCAUGCAGGAGACCCGUCGUACUCAUACUCUGACCGGUAACACCCGCAUGCAUGCAUUAUGACCUCAGCACUGGCCAGUAGACAGACACAGUGCCCAGAGAAUUAAUUUCACCCUAAUGCCCUGUUUAUUUUCCUUUGUUCAGAAAUGGAGAAGAGACUGAAUGAUCUGCAGAGAGAGACUGAAGCGGUGAGGACUGCCAGAUCUGCCAUGAGAGAUGCCUGUAUCAUGAGCUUCACCCGAUCAUGACGGCACACUGCUGAAGAUCAAAGCAGUUUUAUAAGGUGUUAUAACUAGGGCCUGGAGUUUUCCUUGACAAUGUGACCGGACUAGGAAAGUAUAGGACCUGAAGUUUUCCUGGUCCGAUCAUGUGUACAGGAAAAACCUCACACCCCAAUUUUAACAGAAUGUAAAUAUUUCAAACCUUUUAUAUUUGCCAUAUUUUUCUACCUUUGUGUUCAAACAUUUAACUCUGUGAUAUUUGAAAACAGUUUGUUGUACCCUGGCUACUGAGAUGGGUGAUAUAUUAUACAUUAAGUGAGUAAUAGGCGAUAUAAUGUUGUGACAUACAUUGGUUCUGGGUUCCGAGGUUAUUGGCGUUUUAUUCAUGUUAAGUAGGUGAUGUUUAGUGUCCGUCUCUGUGCUGUAUGUACUUUGUGCUUACUAACCCUUCACAGGUUAAAUAUGUCCUUAUACUGUAUGUGUGAACCAGUAUCUCUACAUUUCUCAAUGGAUGGGUACUACAUUUACUGUAAGACUAAUUCAUUAGGAAUACACUGUAAUAUAGUAUACUUGAGGAAAGCUGAGAACUGUGACAUGUAAUGAGAAUGCAUUAAACUUUUGUUAUGUAAAUUAGUCGUGAUGACAUUUCAGAUCUGAAAUGUCC